AAGGUGUAACCCUACGCUGUUGUGACAUCAGCUUGAAUGGCAGGCUGGUCAAACCGGUGUUGAAGCCUGCAGAAGUGCCUGCCUCACUUCACUUUACCACCGUUUACUCACCUGUGUGGCUGGCUGUGGUCACCUUCUCCUCAUUUGUCCUAACUUUUUCCCCUUUUUGACCCCAAACUGGGCACAUGGAAACAGGGAGCAACCACACCUAAAACUGUGGUAGAAGAGACACGAAUAAAAAAGGCAACAAAUUCUGGAAAAAUACUUAAAGGAGAGAAUGGAAACGAACGGGAUUGAAAAGAAAAUGACAGGUAUGGAGGGAGAUCCGGACCUCCAGUUCCUCCUGAAUGGUGGAGACCUCCUCAAGGUUCGGUCCCAGUCCUGGAAAAAGACUCGAUUUCUAAAACUGCAGGACGACUGUAAGACCAUGUGGCGUCAAUCCAAGAAACCCUUCAAGUCCAGCCAGACCUUUUCAGUUGCCAACAUCUCAGCGGUGCAGCUCGGUCGUCAGUCGGAGGGUUUCAAGAAGAACACAGAGGAGCAGGUGGAGGGCCGCUGCUUCUCGAUCCUGUUCAAGAGCCGCCACAAGAGCCUGGACCUGAUCGCCAGCUCUGAGGAGGAGGCCGGGCAGUGGGUCCGAAGCCUGCAGAAACUCAUCACCAGCAUAAACAAGCAGAGCCGGCAGCAGACCACAGAGCACUGGAUCUUCAGCUGCCUGAGGAAAGCAGAUAAAAACAAGGACGAGAAGCUGACUCAGUCAGAGAUGAAGAACUUCCUGCGGCUGGUCAACAUGGACCUGGACGACAACUACGCUGAGAUGCUUUUCAAGAAAUGUGACCAAUCAAACUCUGGAUACCUGGCUGGGAAAGAGAUUGAACAUUUUUAUAACCUGCUGACCCAACGCGAGGAAAUCGACAUCAUCUACGGGGAGUAUGCCAAGACCACGGGCGUCAUGAGUGCCCAGAACCUGGUGGACUUCCUGAUGAAGGAGCAGCGAGAGCAAGCCACGCUGGCUGAUGCUCAAAAAAUCAUCGAGACGUUUGAGCCGGACGAACACGCCAAAGAUAAAAAGCUGCUCUCCAAGGACGGCUUCCUGAUGUACCUGAACAAUCCAGAGGCCAUGAUUCUCAAUCCUGAGCACGUGGAGGUGUACCAGGACAUGCACCAGCCCCUCAACCACUACUUCAUCUCCUCCUCGCACAACACCUACCUCCUGGAGGAUCAGCUCAAAGGGCCCAGCAGCACGGAGGCCUAUGUCAGAGCUCUGCUGAAGGGCUGCCGCUGUGUGGAGCUGGACUGCUGGGACGGGUCAGACAACGAGCCGGUGAUCUACCACGGCUACACCCUGACCUCAAAGAUCCUGUUCAGAGAUGUGAUCAAAGCCAUCAAGGAGAACGCCUUUAAGACAUCUGAUUAUCCAGUUAUCCUCUCCUUGGAGAACCACUGCAGUGAGGAGCAGCAGGUAGUCAUGGCCCAACACAUGAGCUCCAUCCUGGGGAGCGCGCUCGUCACUUCUCCCCUGGACGAUGGCGUGCCCCAAAACUUUCCAUCUCCAGAGGAGCUGAAAGGAAAGUUCCUGAUCAAAGGAAAGCGAUUAAACAAACUGGAGGUCAGCUUCGCGGGGGACACAGCAGCUGCUGAAAACACAGAUGUGACUGAGGAAGAGGAGUCAAACGAUGAAGACGAGCAAAAAGAGAAGAAGAACCAGAAAAAGCUGAAACUAGCCAAAGAGCUGUCCAACAUGGUGAUCUACUGCCGGAGCGUCCACUUUCACAGCUUUGAGGACGCCAGGAAGAACCAGAGCUUUUACGAGAUGUCGUCCUUUAAGGAGGGGAAGGCCAAGAGUCUGGCAGAAGAGACGGCCAACGCCUACAUCCGCCAUAAUGUGGAGAAACUGAGCCGCGUUUAUCCCUCAGGCUCCAGGACCGACUCCUCAAACUACAACCCAGUGGACCUGUGGAACGCUGGCUGCCAAAUAGUCACCUUGAACUUCCAGACAGACUGCAAGGAAAUGGACUUGAACCAGGGCAGAUUCCAGGUCAACGGCAAGAGUGGGUACAUCCUCAAACCGUCCUACAUGAGAGACAGCACCACUGAGUUUGACCCGAUCACCCUGACCCGAGGGGAGUGGCUGAAGCACAAGACGCUGCAUGUCAUGGUUAUUUCAGCCCAGCAGCUCCCCAAAGUGAACAAGAAGAGUUCCUCCGUCGUGGACCCGUUCGUGAAAGUGCAGAUCUAUGGAGUGCCGGCUGACGUUGCAAAGAAAGAGACCAGUGUUGUCGACAACAACGGUUUUAACCCGGCUUGGAAUGAGAACUUCCAGUUCGACGUGUACGUGCCAGAGCUGGCGCUCGUCCGCUUCGUCGUCAAGGACUACGACGCCGCGUCUGAUAACGAGUUUGUCGGACAGUACACACUUCCUUUCAGCAGCCUAAAGAUGGGGUACCGACACGUGCCUCUGUUCAGUAAAGCCGGAGACCUGCUCCCCUCCGCCGGACUCUUCGUCCACGUCAUGGUCCUCGACGGAGAAUGAGAUGCUUCGUUCACACGGCCAUGUUGUAGUUCUUGAUGUUUUCUUUUAGAAUAACUUAUUAGCUUGAUCCCAGUAGUUGAUGGGAUCUUCAAGCUCCACAUAGAUCACAUUAGAUUUUAACUUCUGUCCCUCAUUUUUGGUCAGAGAAAUGUUUUAUUUUUUUAAUUUGAAUAAUUUUAUUUAGAAGAAAAAUCAAUAUAAAAUGCCAUGUUUUAAUCAGUAGUUUUAGCCACAAGACAAUUGUUUUUACGUGACCUUAGAUGAU